UCCGAUGUUUCCGAGAUCUUCUUUCCUUUUGACUUUUUUUUUAUUACUAUUUUGUUUUCUUCGGUCAUUUUUUGCACCGAGAUAGAAAGAAAGUUAAUUUUUCUUCAAAGAAAAGAGUGAAACAAAGAAAACGACAAGAUGCCGACGAGGGCAAUCAAAGAUAGCCUUUUUGUAGGCCAUGCAACCUUGAUGACAUUUGUUUGGCUAGUGGCUGUCCCACUGGGGGUGGCGGUGGCGAUGUUUGGACGACAGCAUAAUUGGCCUUGGUGGCCGAAAGCGCACAUGUUUAUUAUGAUCACUAUGGUGAUUCUGCCAUUGACCGCCGCCGCCAUUUGUGGCUUUACCUCUGCCGGCACCAUCAAAGUCAAACCUCAUUCGUUGACGGGAACCGUGCUUGUAUUGUUGGCUUUUUGUCAGAUCCUACUGGGCCUUGGCAACCAUGCGUUGUUCCGAUAUCGACAAAAACGGAACACGGUGCCUAAGCAUCGACCGUGGCACAAUACAGUGCAUAUUUGGCUUGGUCGAUUGGUGCUGACAUUGGCCGUUAUUAAUAUGCCGUUGGGCAUGCGUAUCAAACGCGCGGGAUUGGGCUUGUAUAUCGGGUACGCCGUGGUGGUCCUGUUCUGGGCCAUCGUCUUCCUGGGACUGGUCUGGACUAGCACGCGCAAAAAGGUUCUCAAAGCGACCGAAAACGAAAAACCACCCAUUCAACAUGAAGCCACCCUCAAAGAACAGCCCACCGAACCGAAAUAGCAAUCGUCAAUACAAAAAAUAGAAACGGGCCCUAUU